CUAGUUAUAACAGUUGCUCAGUUCCUGCUAUUGUGUUCAGUAUUUUUCCAUCUCAGUUAAACCUCGUGAUGACCACCCCUCCCUAUGCCUGCUUAACCGCAACUUUGUAAGAGUCAGAGUGAAAGUAAAAUAGUCCAACUGCGAACCAAGACGGGGUAAGAUACAGAUGAUGUCAGUUCAUCUCGAUACUUCAAAACUCCUAAGAACUUCACAAAUCCAGUGUGUGGGUCUUCCAGUGAGUUGGUGAGAUUUGAGGAACAAUGGCACAGUUUGACACUUUGAUAUGGACUGUACCUAUUAUAUUGGUGUUUGUAAGCAUUGGAUGCUGUAUUGCAUGUGGUAGAGCUGAGUACAGAAUAAGGGAUGAAUGUUGUCCCAUGUGUUCACCAGGAAAUCGUGUACAUAGGCAUUGUACUGAAUUCACCAGCACCAGCUGUGUGCCCUGUGUUGAUUAUACAUUCCUUGAUGAGCCCAAUGGUCUAUUGAAAUGCAAAGUGUGUAUCAACUGUGAUCCAGGUUUGGGUUUGACGGUAAAGCAGCCAUGUAGACCUUCAUCAGACACUGUCUGUGAGACACUGGAGGGGUUCUACUGUCUAGACCCAACUAAGGAUGGUUGUAGAGCAGCCCAGAGACACAGCAGCUGUAAACCUGGUCAAUACAUCAACCAAACAGGAACAACGUCUACAGAUACUGUGUGUUCUGACUGUACUGGUGAUACUUAUUCAGAUGGAUCAUUAACAUCCUGCCAGCCACACACACAGUGUAAAUCCUUAGGUCUUCAAGAACUUAGACCAGGAACUCAUUUGUCCAAUUCUGAAUGUGGAACACAAUCCUCAAGAAUAGAACCUGGAAUCAUCAUUGGUGUUGUUGUGGCAUCAGUCCUAAUAGCAAUAAUAAUAAUAAUAAUAAUAAUAAUAAGAUUUGUAAUUCUAAGGAAGGAAAGAAGUCCAACAACAGUGACUUUUUCUCCAGUGACAGUAAAUGCUGUAGAGGCAUCAUCAGAUUUAGAGGAAACACCAAGCAAUGUAGUACAAUGAAACAGAAGAAAGUACAGCAUCUUGCAGGUGUUAGUUUUGUAAAUGAUUCAAGCUCUGACCGCACUCAUCAUUACAAAUGCUACCUGAGGAAUGGCAGACCAAGGAGCUGCUCUCACUUAUGACUCCACUGUUUGAUGAAGAAACAAAGCCGCUUGAUGACAUUGGAUCCUCCUCAAGAGGUCAAAGGGCAGACUGUAACCUCCCAGGCAGUAACAUCCCAGUCUGCUUCAGUGGUCCAGAAAUCAGGAGCAAACCCAGAAACAGAUGGAUAGUGAUGAUUCGCUCACCCCCUGCCAUGUCAGCUGACCAGGAAUGAGGCAAGCCGCUUCGUUACCCCUGAGACUGUCUGGAGGCCUUCCUCUCCUCUGAGGACCCAGCGAGGGUGGAGCACAGUGAGACACUUCAACAGCCAGAGAGUCAAGAAAUGGAACAGCAAGGCCACAGAACAUGACAUACGUAGAGCUGUGGGAGACCACCUGAAGCAUAGGUAGAGACAGGGGAAUUCCCCUUUACCACGCCACCACCAAACACCUUCAACAGGCUUGAAAAGUUUGAUUGAUCUGUUUGAUCCAUUUGUUUCAGUUUUCAGUAGUUGAAUCCUUUGACGUAUUGUUGAUUUUAAAAAAUAAAUAAUUAUCAACAAAAAUGGAUUGGUUUAAAGGUGAUCCUAAACUUAUAUACCAUGCACAAUUUUGACAUAGUGGAAGAUAUCCUGAAUUUGUACCAUUUUUCAUUCUAAGAUGGACCAAGAUGUAUGUAGCUUUUGCAGAUAUUUUUUCAUUAUUUUUGCAAGAGUGUUGAUUGGUCGAUCAUUGGGUUCAUUAGUUUAUCAAUAUGCCAUUGAUUAAAAGAGUAAGAAUUUGAUACAAUAUCCAACCCAAAAUAUAAGCUUGUUUUACUCCAUUGUUUGCAAACAAUACAAUUGUAAAAAACAAAAGUCAGUUGGUUGCAUAAAUAAUGACGAUUACUAAACGUUACAUGAAAUAUCAAAACCGAAUUGAAACGCCUUUGAUAAAAUGUAAUGGCAAUAAUUCACUUAAUGGUAAGGCAUGGAAUAAUGGACGUUUGAAAUAUGAGCAGGUGAUGAUUCGAGUCAUGGUUCUUCAGUAGUGGAAUAAAGACAAUUAGAACAAAUGUUGUACAGAUAUACUGUGUGUAAAUACUGGAGUGAUGUAUGAUUGUUAAUAAAAUUGUCCAUAUACCAAAAAACA